UUGGGAGUGGAGCCUAAAAUGGGGGAGCAACUAGUAGGCCCAUACCUACUUUAUCGUUGCUCGAAAUCCCAAAAAACAGUCCAAUCAACAAGUAAAAAUGGUAGUACUAAUUUUGGGAAAACAAUCCACUCAACAACAACGGUAAUAUUUUUCAAAUUAAAACCAAUUUGAACGGUGAUUUCGUGGGCAAAAAAAAACCUUGAAGCAUAGCAUCAUCAAGAAAUCAAAAGAUGGAAGCCAAGCAACAGUACGAUGUAUCAGACAGUGAAAGUGAUUAUGAUUCCGAUGAUUCACAAGAUGACCCAACUUUUGACAUUCUUGAGGAAACAAGAUUCAGUCUUUCAAAAAUGUCCAUUAAAAAGAACGCUUCUAAGGAUAUGUCUGCCAGGCGUAAUGUUUCUAAGGCUUUGGAAGAGUGCGUUGAGGGAGAGAAAGAGCAGGAGAAGAUAGUGCCAGAGCUUGAUGAGAAAGAUCAGAAGAGUUAUGAAACUGUUCAGAAGAUAAUCAAAGCUGGUCAGAUUGAGAAAUUGAAAGUUGAGCAAUGCAAGGUUUACCUAAGGAAGCACGGGCUGAGAUUGACGGGUAGCAAAGAUACACUUAUUCAGCGCAUUAAAGAGCACACUGAUAUAGUUGAUGGUCGUGGAGAGGAGAAGUAUCCCCCGUCAAGUUUUGUAUUAAACUGCAAAGGGGACGCUUGCACUGGGGAUGUUGUAAUGUUUGAACAAAAUGUGUACGAAAUGUUCAACAUUGCAUCCAGGAGUGCUACUGGUCCUCCCUGCGGAACAAGAAUAGUUGCAGGGCGGAUUGUGAAAGAGAGCUAUGGUGCUAAAAAACAGCAACAUACCUUUACAGUUGAGGUAUUGUGGAGUAAAGGGGAGAAACCGCUGCCUCCACUGCAUCCUCUCCUCAUUAAGGGAAGAAACCUCUAUAGAUUAAAAACAUUGCGACAGAAAUGGGACAAUGAAGCAGAAAGGCAGAAGAUUUUAUCAGAAAAGCAUGCCAGAGGAUUUGUUGCUCGGUCUAACAGGGAAACACGCGUCCGAGAGAAAGAAAUGCGACAGAUGCGAAAGGAAAAUAGGGUAAGCACAGACCACAAGGAGAAGAAAACAGAAGCUGAGAGUAAAGGCAGGAUGCCACAUCAACACCAAAAGAACACAGAGCACAUUAAAGGGAAACUGCUGCAUUCUCUCUCGAUGAACUUGGUAAACAAGAAAGAUCAGCCUCAAAUAGAAGUGGUGGACAACGGCCAAAAAGAUGAACAAAAGGAACGUAGAAAGUAUACAACCGUCAUACAGGAAAAUGUCUUCUCUAGAGAAAAUAGGCCAGAAGAAAGGUUUAAUCAGAGGCAGCCUUUGACUAAUGUGAACCACUAUGAUCCAAGUUCUUACAGGGAGCAACGAGGCUUCGGAGAAAGCUACACUUCUAAUCCUUCAAAGAGUCCAUUAAGAAUGCAUAAUUCAAAUACGCAUAUGCCAAUGCGGAGGGGCUCUAGCAAUGGAGGUAACAUGAACAGCAAUAAUAAUAGUCCAUUAAGAAUGCAUAACUCUAAUGCGCAUAAUAUUCCACCGUGGAUGCGCUAUAAUGAGGGAGGUUACGGAAAUAGGGAUACUAGUAGAAGUCCAUUGCGAGGACAUGGUCAUACGUAUACCACCUAUGGUCAUUCACAAAAUAUGAACUAUAGAUCUCCACAAAGAACUGAGAACUGGCAAGCAAGGAAUGGUUGGUGUGAUGAGGGAGGUUACGGAAAUAGGGAUACUAGUAGAAGUCCAUUGCGAGGACAUGGUCAUACGUAUACCACCUAUGGUCAUUCACAAAAUAUGAACUAUAGAUCUCCACAAAGAACUGAGAACUGGCAAGCAAGGAAUGGUUGGUGUGAUGCAGGAGCUGCAAAGCGUCCAUUUCAAGAACAGCGAGAGGAACAAAAGAGGCCUUGCCGGUUUUAUGCUCAAGGAAGAUGCUACUAUGGGCAUAAUUGCAAGUACUUGCAUGAUUCCGUGAAUAUUUAAGCAUUCAAGUGAAAGAGCAAGCAGUGAGUAAGCUUUGGAAGAUCUUCACAGAUCCACUACUGUUGGUUCCUUUUUUUGGGUGACAAGUCUUUUGUCUCGGGGAUAGCGUCAUUGUUCACAAACAACUUGAAGAACAAACUGUUUUUGAGUUAUCUCAACUGUUUUCUAUUCCCUAACUGCAAUGUGCAAAGCAAACGUAUUGCAUAUAUUUUAAAAGUCUUGAACUGAUAUGGAUAUGAAUGUUGGUAAAUUGAUUUAUAAAUUA